GUUUUGAAGAAACAGAAGUGGUUGCUUCAUGCAGUGGGAGUGCUGUCACUGCUUAACUACAAGGGUCUUUUAGCAUUCACGAAUUCCAUCAAUAAUCCAGCUUCUGCUAAUUGGCUGGAUGGAGAAUUGCUUUAAUAUGACUCCUCUAUGUCCCGAUGCUAACAACACGUUGGGUACCGUGUGUAUUUUUGGAACUGGUGACUUUGGCCGGUCACUGGGAUUGAGAUUACUGCAGGCUGGCUAUUCAGUAGUAUUUGGGAGUCGAAAUCCCCAGAACUCAAGCCUGCUUCCCAAAGGAGCACAGGUGCUUAGCCAUGUGGAAGCUGCACAGACUUCUAGAGUUAUUUUCAUAGCAGUGCACCGAGAAAACUAUGAAUUCCUGUCCGCAUUUUCCCAAGAACUGGCAGGAAAAGUGCUGGUGGACAUCAGCAAUAACCUGAGGAAGAACCAGUACCCAGAGUCCAAUGCAGAGUACCUGGCCAAGCUGCUACCUCAAGCCAAUGUAGUAAAGGCCUUUAAUACAGUCUCUGCAUGGGCACUGCAGUCCGGUAGCCUGGAUGCAAGCAGGCAGGUUUUUGUUUGUGGAGAUUGUGAAUCAAAGCAGAUGGUCAUGGACAUUGCACGGAGUCUCGGGCUCAUAGCUCUAGAUCAAGGAUCUCUUCUGGCAGCCAAUGAACUGGAAAACUACCCCCUGCAGCUCUUUCCUCUGUGGAGAUUGCCCAUGUACAUUGCCACGGGGCUGACUGCAGCUUUCUUUAUCUACUGUGUGCUCACAGAUGUAGUCUACACCUUCGUCACUGAGGGAAAAAAUAUUUCUUACCGGAUCGUGGUUUCUAUUGCCAACACUAUUUUCCCAAUUGUGUCUCUGAUUAUGCUGGCUUUGUGCUACUUGCCAGGUGUGAUUGCAGCCAUCUUGCAGCUUUACAAUGGCACAAAAUACAAGCGUUUCCCCAACUGGCUAGACAAGUGGAUGCUCUGCAGAAAGCAACUCGGGCUGGUAGCCUUGGCUUUUGCUUUUCUUCAUGUCCUGUACUCACUGGUAAUUCCAAUCAGAUACUAUGUUAGACAGCGCCAAAACAUUUACACAAUUUCCCUGGUCAAGGAUAAUAAGACAUUGACAUUUGACAGUGCCAUGUCCUGGCGUAGUGAUUCAUUCUAUACCCUGGGGAUUCUGGGAUUCGGCCUCUAUGUCCUGUUGGGAAUAACAUCUCUUCCUUCAGUCAGUAACAUGGUCAACUGGAGGGAAUUUCGUUUUGUUCAGUCCAAACUUGGCCACAUCACUCUCCUGCUGUGCACAGCUCAUACUCUUGUCUAUGGCUGGAAUAAGUUCCUUUAUUUGUCUCGCUACAAAUGGUAUCUCCCCCCUGCCUAUGUGCUUUCACUCAUUGUUCCCUGCAUUGUGUUGGUCCUCAAGCUCAUCCUUAUAACUCCGUGUGUGGACAGAGUCAUCACAAGGAUCAGACAAGGCUGGGAAAGGAAGUCGGUACAUGAUAGAAGUGGGCAACCCCUUAUUUAAUAAAUGCAUGCUAUCUGUCCUGUUACCACUGUCAUGUGGAAGUAUUGUCAUGAAUUUGUACUUUCUAACUUUUACUAUGACUGAAGUACAUGUUUAGAAGCACAGUGGAAACCACGUAGUGCCAGUUUUAAAAUACUGUUACUCUAUUAAAGGGGAAGAGAAAUGGUGGGAUUUUACAGCUAUUCAUCAAGUGCUAAAGAUAACAUUUCCCACUCAAGACACCCUUGUAUUUAUCAUAUAACAUAAUAAAAAAGACUUAAAACUA